UCCUGUCCUGUCCGGUCCGGCCCUCCCAAUCCUCCGUCCCUCCUCCCCUCUCCCCCUCCCCUCCCCUCCCUCCUCUUUUGAACUGACCACGCCGCCCGACGCCGCUCGAGCCUGCAAAGCUGCAACAGUGUUGCAGCCAACACAUCGUCGCCUCGCUUUUCUUCGCUCACGCCGCCGCCACCGUCGCGCGCCUUGACAAGUCCGGCGCUAGGUCUUGCUUCCUCCUCCCCAGCUUGUCGUGGCAAUGGAUGACGGCGGCGAGGGCUCCGGGGCUGCGGGUGCUGAGGCGGUGGCCGUGGAGGAGGUGGUGGCGAGGAACCCUAGGUGCUUCCUCGACGUGAGCAUCGGCGGGGAGCUGGAGGGGCGGAUCGUGGUGGAGCUCUACGCCUCCGUGGUGCCGCGCACGGCGGAGAACUUCCGCGCGCUCUGCACCGGCGAGAAGGGCGUCGGCGCCGAAACCGGCGUGAAGCUCCACUACAAGGGCUCAUGUUUUCAUCGCAUAGUCAAGGGUUUUAUGGUGCAAGGCGGAGAUAUAACUGUUGGUGAUGGAACUGGGGGGCAGUCGAUAUAUGGAUUGAAUUUUGAGGAUGAGAAUUUUACCCUGAAGCAUGAGAGAAAAGGGAUGCUAUCAAUGGCAAAUGCUGGCCCCAACACAAAUGGGUCUCAGUUUUUCAUCACUACCACCCGAACACCUCACCUGGAUGGGAAUCAUGUUGUUUUUGGAAGGGCUAUAAAAGGAAUGGGGGUGGUUCGUGCAAUGGAGCAUAUUUCUGUUGAUGAAGCUGAUCGUCCGACUGAUGAUAUUGUUAUUGUUGAUUGUGGAGAACUUCCAGAAGGUUCCAAUGAUGGAGUUGUAAAUUUUUUCAAGGAUGGUGACAUGUAUCCUGAUUGGCCGAUUGAUCUCGAUGAAAAGCCUGCAGAAAUUUCUUGGUGGAUGGAUGCUGUGGAGUCUGCAAAGGCUUUUGGAAAUGAAAGCUUCAAGAAACAGGAUUACAAGACAGCGCUCAGAAAAUACAGGAAAUCUAUGCGGUACUUAGAUCUUUGCUGGGAGAAAGAAGACAUUGAUGAAGAGAGGAGCACCGCUCUGCGAAAAACAAAGUCAAUUAUAUUCACAAAUAGCUCUGCUUGCAAACUGAAGUUGGGAGAUUUCGAGGGUGCUUUGUUAGAUGCUGAUUUUGCACUGCGUGAAAGGGAGGACAAUGCGAAAGCUUUUUUCCGACAAGGACAGGUACGCAUGGCACUCAACCAUAUUGAUGCAGCAGUCGAGAGCUUCAAGCAAGCACUGGAGCUAGAGCCAAACGAUGGAGGAAUUAAGCGAGAGCUUGCUGCUGCAAAAAAGAAGAUUUCUGACAGGCGGGAUCGGGAGAAGAAGGCGUUUUCAAAGUUGUUCCAACCUUCAGGAGGAUCAGAGAAGGGUGACAAAGAGAAUAGCUGAUCCUGCAAGUUUAACUUUUCAUAGUUAUUCUCUGGUCGCAAGUCAAAGUUUUUAGGUAACAGAAGGGACUUUGCACGACGGUUUACGUUAGAUGACCGAAAUAGUUGGGGUGACACCAGAGCCUUUUUGUGUCCAGCAUGGAAGGAACCAUGGAUCCAUGAUUCACAAUGUUGUCUGAGAAAUGUAUUGCCUGGCAUUAGCUGUGAGAUUCUCAGACACGGUUUGCCUGGCAUUGACUGAGCAGUCAGAUUCUCAGACACGUAUUGCCUGGCGUUGACUUAACAGUCAGAUUCUCAGACGCGUUUGGUAACAGACGGUUUUUGGCAGUGAAUCACCAUUGACUUAA